UCUGUCUCUAACCAUCUCCUGCAUAAUCACAUAGAAACAUGGAUACCAAAACCAGCCAGUCUCACAUUUUCUUCUUCCCUUAUAUGAGUCACAGCCACAUAAUACCAGUCAUAGACAUGGCCAAACUAUUUGCUUCCAAAGGUAUCAAAACCACCAUAGUCUCUACCCCUCAUAACCUGUCCCUCUUCUCCAAAACAAUCGAAAGAAGCAAACUUUCCGGUUUUGAAAUCGGAGUCCUUUCUAUCAAAUUCCCUGCUGUGGAGGUUGGAUUGCCAGAAGGGUGUGAGAGUGCUCACUUGGUCCAAGGGUAUGAAGACCUCCAAAAGUUCUUGAAGGCCACAGCAAUGCUAGAGCAACCACUUGAGAAGCUAAUCAAAGAACACAGACCCAAUUGUCUUGUCGCCGACAUUUAUUUCCCAUGGACAACUGAUCUUGCCGCAAGGUUUGGAAUUCCAAGGCUUGUUUUCCAUGGAACAAACUUCAUCUCUCAGUCAGUUUCACACCAUUUGAUGAGAAUGGACCUCAACGAAGUGUCUGAUUCCGAACCACUAGUCAUUCCCAAUUUACCACACGAGUUCAAGAUUCCAGGAAACCAAAUACCUGACUUCAUGAAACAAGAAUCUGAGCUGAAACGUUUUGGCCAAUCGGCUGCUGAAUCGGAGACAAAAAGCUUUGGGGUUAUUGUUAAUAGCUUCUAUGAGAUUGAACCAGCCUAUGCUGAUCAUUAUAGAAACGUUCUGGGAAUCAAGGCUUGGCAUAUAGGCCCAACAUUUCUAUGCCACAAGGAGAUCGAAGACAAGGCACAAAGAGGACUAGAGAACUCCAUAAAUGGACAUGAAUGUCAGAAAUGGCUAGAUUUCAAGAAACCCAACUCUGUAAUCUACGUGAGCUUUGGAAGCAUUGUCAAGUUUGAAGAUGCUCAGCUCAUAGAAAUCGCUUUGGGACUUGAAGCUUCGGGGCAGCACUUCAUCUGGGUUGUCAAGAAAGAUCAAAAGAGUGAUCAUGAAAGUAAUGAGGGCUGGUUGCCUGAAGGAUUUGAGAAGAGAAUUGAAGGCAGAGGACUAGUUAUAAGAGGUUGGGCACCUCAGUUGCAGAUUCUGGAACAUGUGGCGGUCGGGGGGUUCGUGACACACUGUGGGUGGAACUCGACGCUUGAAGCAGUGGCUGCUGGAGUUCCGAUGGUUACGUGGCCAGCGUUUGCUGACCAGUUUUACAAUGAGAAGCUGGUGACGCAAAUACUUGGGAUCGGAGUUGGUGUUGGGGUUUCAAGUUGGGGUAGAUUUGGAGGGGAAAGAGUGAAGAAUGGGGCUAUAGAGAAGGUGGUGAAGCAGAUAAUGGUGGGUGAAGAAGCAGAGGGAAUGAGAAGCAGAGCCAAGAAACUUGGGGAAGCGGCACGCAAUAGUGUGAAGGAAGGUGGAUCAUCGUACAAGGAUUUGAAUCGCUUAAUUGAUGAAUUGGGGAUCCAUACCAAAAUUGCCACACUUGAGUGAUCUUUGCCACACUUGAUUUUAGUCUUGGGCCUUCCAGGUUGCCGUGUGUAUGAUUUUGGACCAUCACUUCUGCCCCACAUAUCCAUACUAUUUGCAGGUUGAAUGACAUUGUUGCAGAUCCU